AUGUCGGAUAUUUUGAGGUUAUACAAUUUGGAGUCCAUUAGAAUCAGGAAUUUACUUAAUUCAUUUUCUGGGAGGAUUUCUUUGACAAGUGAUUUAUGGACAUCUAUCACUAAUGAUGGAUACAUUGCUUUGACUGCCCAUUACAUUGAUAAGGAUUGGGUGUUGCAUAAGAAGUUGUUGAAGUUUUGCAUCAUGCCACCUCCACACACUGGCAUCCAUAUUUGUGAAAUGGUUUCAAAAAUCUUGUCUGACUGGGGUAUUGAUCGGAAAUUGUGUUGUGCACAUAUUCUCAAUCUUAUUGUACAAGAUGGACUGAAACACAUAGAUGACUCUGUGGUGUUGGUGCGAUCUAGUAUAGCCUAUGUGAAAGGAUCACAUGCAAGAAAAGUAAAAUUCUUAGAAAUUUGUAAGCAAUUGGGAUUACAAAGUAGUAAGGGCUUACGUGCUGAUGUCUUCACAAGGUGGAACUCAACCUAUCUCAUGCUUGAUUCUGCAUUAUUUUAUUGUAAAGCAUUUGAGAACCUUGGACUAGUGGAUGACAACUUUAAAACUUGUCCUAGUUCUGAACAAUGGUUGAAGAUUGAGAGAUUAACGAGUUUUUUGUAUCCCUUCUAUGCAAUUACUGUUUUGCUUUCUGGUUCCAAGUAUCCCACACUUUGCAAUCUGGACUUAAAUGCAUCUACAAUGUGCCACAAUGUGAGGAAUUCUUUAUAUCAAUUGUUUGGUGAGUACAAGAGUAUGCAACCAAGUGAUUAUGAUGUUCCUACACUUACCCAUCGUCCUGGGAGAUCUAGAACAAGAUUUGAAUUUAUGGUAUCCGAGCUUGCUGAGAUGGAUAAUGGAAAUAAAUCUCAAUUGGAUAUAUAUCUAGAUGAACCCAAGGUCCCAUUCAAUGAUAAUGAAUAUGAUGAGUAUGAUGUGUUGGCAUUCUGGAAAGCAAAUGGGUCAAGGUAUCCAGAUGUGGCUCGAAUGGCUCGUGAUGUCUUGGCUAUACCAGUUUCCACAGUUGCUUCAGAGUCGGCUUUUAGCGCAGGGGGCCGUGUUAUUGAUAAAUAUCGGAGCAAACUCCUACCUACCAAUGCUGAAGCAUUAAUAUGCCUUCGGGAUUGGAUGUUUGAUAUAGACUUCAGAGCUGAGCCUUUUGAUGAUCCCACUGAUGUGGAUAAUGCACUUGGAAAUAUACUGGAACUAUUGCACAUUGAAAAUGAGAGAGGUGCAGUAGCUAGUUCUUCAGCUGGUCCUACUCCUAGAGAAUGA